UCUUUAAGUACUACUCCUACUAUGAUAUUAUUUAUAGUAAAAAAGAAAAAGAAGCUUGCAGCUCAUCACAUUAGUGUUGUCACAUUUUCUGCAAAAACAAGUACUGCACAGAGAAGAAGAAGACGAUACGCUAACUCCAGUAACCGUCUCUGUUUUUUGUUUUUGUUUUUGUUGUAUUAGUAUCUCCAUUGCUCAAGGUUUGAAUCAGCACUCCUAUUUUGUGUUCACAUUACCGUUGUCCACGUUGUUUUUGUGGGCGAUUGUAUUCUAGAAACUUCUAGUAUGUUUUAGGAUUUUUAUGGAGUUUAUUUGAUAAUUUUUUUUUUCAGUGCACUUACUUGCUCUGUUUCCCUUUCCGUUCUCUCUCUCGGCAACUUUUUCUAUUCUUCAGGUAUGUAUGCGAUAGGUUGGUUUCAUAGGGUUUGGAUCAUUUGGUUUUUGAUCAUUGCUGUGUAUGGAUGUAUGGUUAACCGUUCUGCAGUUUCAAGUAGACGGAAAAAACUUUGGAUCAUUUGGUUUUUGAUCAUUGCUGUGUAUGGAUGUAUGGUUAAUCGUUCUACAGUUUCAAGUAGACGGAAAAAAACUAUGUACUCUAUGGGUUUUAAUGUUUCGAAAAAGAUGAAUGUGUGUUUUGGUAAAUUUUACUUAUUGCUCGUACAUUAUUUUUUUGCUUUCUUUUCUGGUUCAAUUUUGUAUAUGUUCUUGGUUUUUAUAGUUUAUACUGUGAUUUUAUUGAUCUUUUGUGUAUUUGGGUGAACUUGUGAAGUGUUUUUUGGGUAAGUGAUUGAAAAUUUGUGUGAUUUAUAUUUUGCUCAUCUCGUGGAUGUGUUGGACUUUAGAAGCAUAAAAUUUUUACUUUCUUAUGGCAUUGAUGAACUAUUGAAUUUGUCUUUUAUUUUGGUGGGUAUUUUCCUUUGCAUUGCAUUCUAAUAGCUCUCCUCCAUUUCAACCAUCCUAUUUUUAAUUCUAUCUGUUGCAUCUAUCAUACUGUUCUUUUGGAAUAUAAUGUCUAGAUAUCUAAAUUAUCCACAUUUAAGCCAGGGUUGUUGAAAGUGAAAAAAAUUCUAAGGUCGCUCUAAGCGCAAAGCACAAAUAAAGUGUGAGCUGGGUUUUAAUGAAAAAAACGCAAAUGAAGAAUAAAUACAACUAUAUAUGUUUAGUCCAAGACUAAUACGUAUAAGCAUGAAUAACAUGUAUGGACAAUGAAUUUGAUUUUUAUAAUGAUAAAAUAAGAUACCAAUUGAUUAGUGUCGUCACUUUGGGAGAUACUUAGAGCCUUGAUGACGGCAUUCAAACACGCAAUAAGCGAGGCAAAGCGCCGAGCAUGUUUUGAGCCUCGCUUAGGGUUUAAGUGUGCUUUAAACGCGCCUUUGACAACACAGAUCUCAACACUGUAAUCCCAUGUACAUUGCAUUGUAGGAGCUAACAUAUAUCGCAUAUAUCAUGUCUUUUUUGUUUAAAUAUUUAUUUUGGACAACAGCCGAUACUUGUCAUCAUUCGACAAUCAUGGAACUCCUUUUUUGAGUCUGGUAAAGUAUUGUGUAUAUCAGUAAAACAAAUCUUGUACUAAGUUGGUAGUUGGUACCAGAGAAUUACAAUCAUCGGAACAUUUCUGCAAGAAAAACAGAAGGAAAUGGUUCCAUCUAUACACGAUUCGAGUCCUGCGAUCUUCGAAAGAUUAACAUCAAAUUGUGAUAAGUAUCAAAUGUUCCCCCGUCAAGAAGCAGUGGAAGAAGAUAGUCCCGAAUUUAGUUGGGGUGCCAAGAAGGGAAAGGGUGCCCUUAACAAGGAUGUCCAAUUUUACAAGUCAUUCACUUAUGCUGGAGUCGAAUUCAACUUAUAUGAUUGUGUUUACAUGUAUCGUCAUGGUGAAGAGGAGCCAGACAUUGGUAAGAUUGUUAAGGUGUGGGAAACGAAAACACGGAAAAGGUUAGUCAAGGUGGUAUGGUUUUUCCGUCCCACCGAGGUAACUCAUUGGUUGGGUAAUACCAAGGUGCUUGACAAUGAGUUACUGUUGGCUUCAGGAGAAGGCGUAGGGCUUUCAAAUUGUAAUCCACUGGAAGCCAUCACCGGUAAAUGCAAUGUUGUCUGCAUAUCAAUUGAUAGGAGGAACCCUCAGCCAAAAGACAGAGAUUUGGAAACAGCUGAGUUUUUAUUUUAUCGCACCUUUGAUGUCGGCACUCAGGAGAUAUCUGAGGAAUUUCCAAGUUCAAUAGCACAAAUUGAAGUGGAGCACUUCUUUAAUAAGGUGACAGAUCUGAAGCAGCCUCUUCAUUAUGGAGGAAAAGCAAGUCUUGACAAGCCACAUUCAUUUGGAGGAGCAACAGUUAAAACAACACUGAAAGACGACCAACCAGGAAGAAACAGUCAGUCGACAUUGCCACGUGUGGCUCUGGUCAAGCAAACUAAAUCCUCCACAAAAGAUGUUGCUAUGGCAAGAACGGACAAGUGCACUACCAUUUCACAGUGUCAGGUGACAGAAUUGGUAGAAAGAGGCGGACAAGGCAGACAGGGCAAUGUUUCUAAGACGGACAAGACUGUUGCCAGAACUGAAGUAAAACAUUCAUAUUGUACCCCGUCUACUAAUGCUUUGAAGAAGAGGAAGCUUCAACACUUAUCAGAUACUAAAGCAUUUGACCAACAUAAGAUCAUGAAAUCCACAAAUCAGGUCAUUGAAGUAACAACAAGAGCGAAGGAGGCUGCUAGCACAUGGUUUAACGAAGGGCCAUGGUAUGAUAGACUCCAAGCAGCUCAAAAGCGUGGCACACUUGUGUUACUUGAGAAUCUUGAUCCUUCAUAUGCAUCAACAGAAGUGGAGGAUAUUGUUUGGCAUGCCUUAAGGCAAAAGGUUAGUGCAAAAAUGGUGCCGCAUAACACCUUCUCUAAUCCCCUAAAUGGAAAAGCAUUUGUUAUCUUCAAAUCAAGUGAGGCUGCAGAGACCGCCAUUUUUGAGUUGAAAAGGACGUGCCUUAUGUUAGGUGAUGGAAGGCCAGUUGUUGCUCGGAGGGGGACUAUACAGGAGCCGGUGAAAAGUAAAGACUUUCCUGGCCAUCUGUCCAUUGAAAAAAUCAAUUUUCAAAAGCUAGGAGAAGAAAUGAGAAAAGCAGUAUCAACCUCUCACUAUGCCCAGAGUAACACAAUAGAACAUGAGCUGGCGGUCGAAUGGCGUGUACUGCAGGAACAAUCAAACCGGUGGUGGAAAGCUUUACAUCAGGAACAAGCAGCAGAAAUUGAACAGCUUAGUAGCAAGUUGAAGAACCCUAUUAAGAACUCUGUAUAGGAUCUAACGACUCGUUUUGUUGGGUUUCUUGUGUCCAAGAAGCAUACAGAUGUGUGGACCCUUUCUGGAUAUGGGGUUUUGCACCUUAGUACAGAGUUUAUGUUUUUGUAUAAUAAUAUAAGGCAGCUUUUUUUGCAGCACAAACAAUGCAUCUUGUGUAGUUCACUGUGUUGGUGUGACUUCCAGAGCUGUGGGCAGAAGAUAACUAUAGGAUUAGUCAAAUAGCCCUUUUGAUGAACAACCCUUGAUUUAAGGUCAUUAUUAAAUCCAUUAGGUGAAAUUUUACAAACUUUUGUUGGGGACACCAAAAGUGUCCUUUCGCAAACUUAUAAUGGGCUAUUUAUGUUCAUUGUGAUAUUACAGGACAAAGUUUAACAAACCCUUAAACCUGAGGGAUAGUUUUGACAUUUU